AUGACGAAAGGAAAGCACAGAAACGUUCUACCGAACACUUAUAUUCCACUCUUGUCUAAAGACAUUCUCAAUUCUGUGCUUGGGCGUCUACAAAAGCAAAGUCUCAUUGCGCUAAUUCUGCUAUGGCCUCGCCUCAAGAAUACUCAACCGCAAUUAGAUAAGGAGAAUGCCUUGAGUAGCCAGACUGAAUUGAAUCGGAUGGCACGGCAAGAUGCUCGAGAAAUGAAAGAAAACGAGAAGAAGUGGAAGAAGUCAAAGAUCGUGGAUAAGAUCUUGUAUGAGUACUGGAAUCACGGAUUGAAUUUGCUACAAUUGGCUCAGAUCGACUGUCAGCUAAUAGUGGACAGCCCUAGUGCCUUCUUAUGGAACCUGUCAACAGUCAAAGAUGUCGAAAAUAGUGAUGUGCCUCUAAACUUGGAUCCGUCUAUAUUUUUGAACUCGUUGGCUGCUGAAUUGAGUAAGGUUUUCAUGUCCUAUAUUUACGUCUGCAAGCAUCCUAACAUGCCUCUCAUUUUAGUCAGAGUGCAAGUUUUUGAUCUCAUCCCACAUCUCAAACGCGGCAGGGGCCGUCCAAGAGCAGAUCAACCGCAUAUCACCUCACACAAGGCUUACUUUUUAGCAUUUCCUUUAAACUCACCGCAUCUCAUUCACUCGCCUGGCACCGAUCUCGUCUCUCAAAUCAUUCUCAAUGUUGUUGAAAACUGUCUAUCGCAUAAUCGUCGCAAUCAACAUCGUUUGGUAACACCUGAAAAUCAGAAAGCUGUGCGUUCGCUUGAAUCGAUACAUAUCUUAAAAGGCUGCUCCCGUUUCUCGAGUAGCUUGGGUGCCUGGACACCUUAUGCAGAUAACACGGUUGACUGCUCGCCGCUAGCUAGCAUCUCAAAACAAUUGAACGACAGAUCGAAGGAAGAACGAGCUGUGUCUCAUAAAGAUCGUAUUAUGAAGCUCGCCAACAUACGGUACAAGGGAGCGGCGGAUGGAAAAGUGAAAUCAGAGAGAUUAUUCGAUGAUUUUAGACCACUAAAAAAGUUAAAGCUUGAAAAUGGUGAUUCUCAAGCUGCUGACUUCUCAUCUGUUGCCCCUGUUCGAUUUGUUGAAUAUGAAUUACAGGAAAAGGUAGCAGAGGAUGAUGACGAGUUGUCACAGAUCAAGGUCAAAUUCAUUGGGAACGACGUGUUUGGUGGGUUGCACGAACUAGCAUCUAUGGCUUAUCGGGAAGAUAGUGCUGUGAUCGACCCCAGAACUGUUCCUGGGUGGCUUACAGGUGAGGAAGGUAUGAAGUCAGGAAAGGUUAGAAACGGUAGAUUUUACGAUAACUAA